AUGUGCUUGGAAAGUUCCAGUGAAGUGGAUGAGACUCAUGUGUUCAUCAGUUCUGGUCAAAAUGUCCGUCUGUCCUGUAAUAAUGCUCUUCCUGACUGCAAAUCAACUACAUGGAUCUAUAACAGAUUCAGUCAUUCAGCAACAGUUGAACUGAUUGGUUUAGGGAUAAAGAAAGACACAGAGAGACAUGAGAGACUGAGUCUGGGGUCUGACUGCUCUCUGAACAUCAACAACAUCACAGAAGAAGAUUAUGGACUUUACACCUGCAGACAAUAUGUGAAUAAACAACAACAAGGAACUGAUGCUCGUGUGUUUCUGCAUGUUCUUCAUGUCUCUUCAUCUUCAUCAUCCUCACAGACUGAGAUCAGUGCAGGCCGCUCUGUGACUCUCUUCUGUCAGCUGUAUUCAUAUGCUGGAGUCUUUUGUGAUGGUUCAGGUCGUUCUGAGGGAAUUGAGCUGUUCUGGGUGAAUCAGGCUGGUGUUAAACUGAAGAUAUCAGACUCCAGAUAUCAGAUAUCAGCAUCAGAUCGCUGUAACAUCACUCUGACUACAACACUCCUGAAUGAAGAUCACAACAGAGAGUGGAGAUGCAAUGUUACUCACAGAGAUCGAGUCCAGAGCUCAGUCACAUAUACUGUCAAGAGUUCAGGUGAGGAAACAAUCUCAUCAGACCCUGAUUCAACGACAGCAGUGAUUACAGUGACUUCUGUUGUGGCUGCUUUCCUUGCUGCUGUUCUCUGCCUGAUCUGCAGAAAAAGAGCUGAUAAUAAAAGAGGGACUGCUGAAACAGCGGUCAAAGAUGAGAAUGAAGAUGACGGGACGUAUGAAACAAUCGACGUGUCCAUUCCUGCUGCUGAUCAUAAUGAUACAGUGACUUACACUGCCAUCAGAGGAACAGAAUAGAAGAAGAACAGAUUAAAGCGUCCUCACAAGCCCCUUCCUGGAGUUUGUUUAUCCACUGGAUUUCUGUCUGAAGACCUUUAAUCUUCAUUCACAAUGCUGAACGCAUGCUGCACAUGCUGAAACGAUCAUCUGGCGGCGGUUUCUUCUAGAAAAAGAUGUCAGUCUGAGAAUUAUGUCAGUGUUUGAUCAAAUCACAUCAAAAUUUGACUUUGCAGUGUGUUACAAACUUUAAUGUCAGACAGAACUGAAUUUGAUCUCGUUAUCUGAAAAGUUUCAGAAUUAGAAUUACGUUUUAAAUGAAUACUUGUAUGAACAUAUUAAGGUAGAAAAAUUCAUUCUGUGUUUUUCUGAAUGUGUUUUCUUCAU